GGACAGAAAUAAGUUCAGAUAAAUAGAGAAAGUAAAAUAAAUAAUAAGAGGAAUAUAAAACUAAAGUAAGAAAGGAAGUAAAAAACAGAACGAGGUACAGUAUAGUACAGUUUAGUAUAAUAUAGAAGAGUACAGUUAAUACAGUGUAGUUUAAUAUAGUUUAGUACUGUAUAGUCCCGCUGGAGCCGGUCUGGACUGGUCUUUGAGUUUCAUCCUGUUUCAAAGAGCAUGAAUAAAACCUUUACCUGGUUACCACGACGACGGGUUGUUUGUGAGGUGAAGGUGACUUUGAGGUGUCGGUUUAUCAGAUAAAAGCAGAUUCUCAGAAACUUUCACAAACACUGCUCUCCAAUAAUAAUAACAUUAACAACAUGAAUUAUGUUACUAGUAAUAAUAAUAAUGUUGAUAAUAAUAAUAUUAAUAAGUACAUUUCAUGUACUUUGUGGUUUGCGCUCAGACUCCAUAGGCAAUAAAUGCUGCAAAUGUUUAGUUAAAAUGAAUAAGAAAAUGUUUCUUCCAAAUAAUUUAGAAAUAUUUUUAUGACAUUUUAAAUAAUCAGCUUCUGGCUCCGCCUUCUAUGUCGGUCCGUCCAAUCACGUCAAAGAAAAAAAGAAAAAACCUCAGUCUAUAAAUAGUCAGCUCUGCAGAGACUGGUGGUUCUGCUGGUUCUGGUCUCGGUGUUGAGGAUCAGUGAGGACAUGGAGCGUCGCCAGAGUCUGGAGGAGCAGCUCAGGUGUCCCAUCUGUCUGGACAUCUUUACUGAACCACUGAUGUUACAGUGUGGACACUCGUACUGCAGGUGUUGUGUGCGCUCCAUGACAGUGGACCUUCUCGGUCAGCUGCAGUGUCCUGUGUGUCGCUGUGCUGUAGACGGAGACAGUCCUCCUCCCAACGUCAGUUUGGCUCGAAUCAUUGAGGCGCUGCAGGAAGUGAGUGUUUCAGGUGGAGCUCAGCUGGAGUCCUGUCCUCAGCAUCACAACCCGCUCAGCCUUUACUGUGAGGAUGAACGAGUGGUGAUCUGUGGCCUCUGUGGAAGCAUCGGUGCUCACCGCGGACACAAAAUCACACCUGUGAGCUCCGUCUACAGUCACAUGAAGGAGGACAUUUCCUGUCUUAUGACAGAGUUUCAGCAUCAUAAACGUAAACUGGAGGAUCAGAUCUGUAAAAUGGCGUACAACAAAUCCAGGAUCACUAAGUACGGUUCGAUCGCUCCGAGGUUCAGAGAGAUUCAGGAGCUCCAGCAGAAGGAGGAGAGAAUCUUUAGCUCUCUGAACUUUAAACCAGGUUUCAACCACAACGACAUUAAACUCACCGUUUGGAAAAGAUUACACCGAAAAGUCCUGCCAGCACCAGAGCCGUUGAAGCUGGAUCCUCAAACUGCUCACCCGAUGUUGGAGCUCCAUCGUGGGGACACAGUGGUGUCCUGUGGGGCCCUGCUGCGGAGGCUUCCUGAUAAUCCAGAGAGGUUCAGUUACAGCUACUGUGUCCUGGCCAACCGAGGCUUCUCCUCUGGCAAACACUACUGGGAGGUGGAGGUCGGUAACAAACCUAAAUGGCGUCUUGGGUUGAUCAAAGGAACGACCAAUCGUAAGGCUAAGCUGGUGAAGAAUCCAGAUAGUGGAGUGUGGUUGAUCGGACUGAAAGACGGGGUUUAUGAAGCCUUCACGUCACCCAGGGUGGUCCUUCCGGUGUUGUGUCCCCCCCACCGGGUGGGAGUCUUCAUGGACUACCAGGGCAGAGGUCUGACCUUCUAUAACAGCGACAGUCCUGACGAGCUGUGCUUCAUCUACAGCUUCAGGCUGGAGGUCCAGGGGAAAGUCUAUCCCCUGCUGGACGUCUGCUGGCAUGACCGAGGAGACAACAAACACCCCCUGGUCCUCCCCCAGCCUCACAGGGAGCAUCUCCUCCCCCAGCCUCACAGGGAGCAUCUCCUCCCCCAGCCCCAGAAACCCGACAAGUGACAGAAAGUCCUACUUCAUUAAACUGGUGUCCUCCUGUGAGGAGUUGUUGUUGUUGUUUGUGUUGUUACUGUUGUUGUUGUUCCCUACUGUGUUCGUACCACUGUCUUCUUCCUUCCCACCUGUAAUAAAUACAAGCGUGCAGAUGAUACACUGA